AUGCGAAAAAACGCUAUUUAGAUAACUGAAUCAAUCAUUUAAUAAGUAAUAGAGAUUGUUAUCUAAAUAGUAACAACAAUAAAGAAUCAAUCUGAUAUAACCAAAAAUAAUCAAAUUUAAAUUUCAUAAAGCGUAGGUAAAUUUGCAGUAGCAUUUAAGAAAGAUUGUUCAAUUGGAUGUGAAAAAUCAGUAAAAAUAUAUGAAUUUGAGAAGGAGUGUUGCAACUCUUAUCUCAACAUUAAAUUUAGGUGAGCACCUAAUAUUUUAUGUAAAAAUCCAAGAUAUUUUACUUUGGUCAAAAAACAACAAUAAUUAAUGGAGUUUAUCAUAAACACUUAAAAAACACAAUGAAUGA